AUGUCUGAUAAGGAUCGGAUUGCGGAACUCGAAAGGUUGCUAGCGCGCAAGGACCAAAAAGACAAGGAAUUUAAAAGGUCGCUAGAGGAAGAGAGACGCAAGAACGAGGAAGAGAAGCGUAAAAACGAGGAAGAGAAACGUAAAAAUGAGAAAAAUAAACGCAAGAAUGAGGAAGAUAAACGCAAGAAUGAGGAAGAUAAACGUAAGAAUGAGGGAGAGAGACGCAAGAACGAAGAGGAGAGACGCAAGAACGAAGAGGAGAGACGCAAGAACCAAGACUCCACGCUGUCAGAGUACUUGUAUAACUGUCACUUUCAUAUCUAUUUAAAGCUCCGUCUCCCGCCACCGGGCCAUGGCCUGCCGGUGCCCACAACGCCUGUCGACGGUAAAUUCUACCCAAAGCGGCUUCUCCCCUGGAGAACCUUUGCCCACCAGCGGGAACUACGAUUUAACGACCUCAGGGCGGCUUGCGCCCAGGAGCGGCGUUUUCUAUCGGAGCUGGAUACUAAGGUCAUUGGUAGACUGUUUGAAGAGAAUAUUGCUGAGUACAUAUCAGAUCUCUGGAAUUUCGAACGGUUCGCUAUCGAGCAACCAGUCGGGAACAUUCUCGCGCACAUCUGGGACGACAAGGAACUACGUGGGCGGUAUCCGUUUGCGGAUAUACGUGUGAAGAGCGCAGGGGAAAUGCUCGGGUUUGGUGAACACAUCAUCGCCAGGGAGACCAGGCCUUACGGCUUCGGUAUCCAAACGAGCCUGGACGGCAGUGAACACUACGCUUUCGUGUUUGAUUACCAGCACGAUUACGUGUGGUCCGUGGAGCAUCUCCAAGAGGCUCUUCAAAUGGAGACACUAUUCGAAGACGUCAACACCCGGGUGAUGAGCAAAUCAGACACAAGACAAGGCAAUGCUCAAGAGGCCUGGCAAGAGUACAUCGCCAGGAUCCUGAUACGGGUGUUCAACUUCAUGAUAAUCUAUGGGGUUUCGUAUGGCUAUGUCGCCGCCGGCAAGUUCUACGUUUUCCUUUACUAUGAUCCAACCGAGCCUCGGACACUGUAUCACCACCUGUGCGUGCCAGAAACCGUGGUGAGGGAUGCGGCGAGUGAGGACGACUGGUCCACAUACAUGUCCAAUACCGCAGUGGCCCAACUGGCCAGCUUUUGCCUUCAGAGCCUUCAAUCCGAGGCGGCCGAGGGCCCGGGCUUGGAGGCGUCGACGCAGGCUGCGAAGGAAUCAUUGGCCAUAUGGGGUCGGCAGGGCUACGCAUCCGAGGACGGCGAGACAAAGACUGGCGUCCACCGCGCAUACAACAAGCCUGCGAAGCAAUACUGUACGCAGGCCUGCCUGCUUGGUCUCAAGACGGGUCGUGACCUCGCUAACAACUGUCCCAACGUGCAAUUCCACCGUGCUGUCGGUGGAAACGAGCAGCACGCGAUCGACAUGGCUGAGUUCACCCGUCUCGUCGACGAGCAGCCUCGCAGGGACCCGUACGACUACUGCGAGUUGCUGUCCCCCUGGGGCACGUACGGGAGCACCGGGGUGCUCUUCAAGCUGGAGCUGGCACCCUACGGAUACACAUUUGUCGCCAAGGGCACCACGGCCACGCUCUUGUGCAGCCUGGAGCACGAGACAAAUGUAUACGAGAAGCUCCACCGGCUCCAGGGCGACGCGGUACCCGUGCAUCUGGGCUUGGUCGAGCUUCCCGGCGGUUACAUACUCCCUGGAGGCCUGAGAGCAGUCCAUAUGAUGCUCAUGUCUUGGGGGGGACAAACGGUCAAAGAGGAAAAAUCGCCAGGUUUGUCACUCGAGGUGCAGCGGUCCUCGGAAGCUGUUCGAAACGAGGGUAUUUACCACGAUGAUGUGCACGACGCCAACCUGCUCUGGAACGAGGAGCUGGGCCGGGUCGUGGUGAUAGACUUUGACUAUGCUAAGAUCUUGGAACCGCCUAAGCAUAAGACACUAGUUGAUCUCUCCAAGAAGGAGAGGAAAAGGGGUCAGAAGCGCGUGGUUGCAAACUGCUCUGGGAAAGCGAAGGUGCUAGACAGUCAUCCAGAGGCUGUAUAA